CUGGCCUUGACUUUCAGAACUGAAGGGCCGACUUUUAUAUUUUCUGAGUGCACACGACCAUUUCCUAUUUUUACUUCCUUCUCCUCUUUUCUUCUCUCCUUUGUUUUUUUUUUUAUUCUUAUCCUAUCAAAGCCUUGCCGAACUAACACGCUCACACACGCACACGCAGCAUAGGCAUAGGCAUAUAAUGGCAUCCAGUACAUAUCACAAUAACAGCAAUAGUGCAACAGCAACAACGACAACUUCACCUCCGACUACUUCCCAUAGCCUGGAUUCACUUUUUGACUCAUUACUCAAUGAGCUUAAUUUCGACUCUUCGCAGUCCUUUGGUUUAGAACAGCAGGAACAGAACGGGCAUUACGACAUAAGCAGUAGUAAUGGCAAUGGGUUAAAUUUAGUGCGCCAACAUGACCAUCCUGUCAACGACCGAACACCUGUGCCUGUACGAACGAGCAGUAGACGACAACCGAGUUUUCACGCCGGGCUAAGUGACGAGGAGGACGAUAACACAUUAUCACCUCCAGCGUCGCCUUCACUUUUUCCACGUGUUCCAGACACCCUUGUAUCACAGCCAUCGCCAACACCGCAGCAGCAGCAGCAGCAGCAGCAACAGCAACGGCCGCAUCAAUACGCACUACCACAGCAACAACAGCAACCGCAACAGCAGCAGAGACCGCUGUCACCCUCACUACCUAGCGCUGAAGAUGAUGAUAGCGAUGAUGAUGACGAUUCCGACGAGACUGUCGAGCCAACCAUUGCACAAAAAGUGACCAAGGUCGCAGUUGAUAAUGCAGUAUUAUUUACCACCCGCACCACUUCGCUGGAUCGCACCACUUCCCGGAUACGUUUUGCUGAGAACGUAAAUCGGUCAACGAGCAAAAAGAGCGCUCGGGCGAUCCGUUUGGAGAGCACUGUUGAAGCGGUUCCUCAGCUGGUCACGCCCGAGAACCCCGUGUUCAGCGCAGCCGUCUUGUCAGAAUUAGCAGAUCGGUUUGUCAAUCGCGUUGUUCAUUUGAACAGUACGCGUCGCAUAUUCUCGACUGAAGAGUAUCCUUUGAGUUUCACGGGCGAAGAGGCAGUGAGAAUUGUACGCGACCUGUUGCCACCAAACCAACGACCUGUUUUGUAUCGCAAAGUAGCACGGGCACUCAUGCACUCUUCGCCACCGCUCAUCAGCCCCAUACAAUACUCGGAAAAGUCGCUGCGCAAGAACACGCUGUACGAUUCACCACGUGAGAUCUAUACCAUUGUUGACACCACAUUGGAUGAAGGCUAUGCACGCGGUGUGUAUACCCUCGUGUCGCUCUGCUACUCGCCAUUCUGUGAGCCGGGUCAAGGCGGCUGCUAUUCGUCGUGCUGUCCCAAUAGAUACGCCCCCAAGCCGACAUCGUUGUCUGACAAGCAGUCGUCGACUGUGCGAAGAGAUAUGUCGCUCACAUCGUCGUCCAUUGCAUCUUCCCAUGACACAACGUUAUCGCGGGCUUGGCAAGCGACGGUGACACGGGAAAUCCUCCAAAACACACCUGAACAGGAAAUCAAGCGGCAAGAAGCGAUCCACGAGCUCAUUUACACUGAAGAAGACUACGUUCGAGACCUCAACCUGCUGGACGAUCUAUUUGCCAAGUCGCUGCGAUCAGCACAAUGUAUCGACGAAGGCCGCCGUGAAAUCUUUUGCGAUAGCGUGUUCAGCAACUAUCUGGAAAUUCUCGCGAUACACAAAGACUUGUACAGGGACCUACGUGAUUACCAAAGCGCCUGCCAAGCCAGAUCAGUGGGCGGCUUUGUCGACCAAGUCGGCAACAUCUUUCUACGCCAUCUGCAUCGGUUCUUGGACGCUUACACCAACUACGGCCCACAUGUUGCGCUUGCCGAAUACUUAGCCAAGCAAGAAGCCAACAACAACAUGCUGUUCCACAACUUUAUCCGCGAAAAAGAAAAGCAGGCCGAAUGUCGUAAAUUGCCUUUCCGACAUUUCCUUGUGCUGCCUGUGACACGCUUGCAACGCUACCCGCUACUCAUUGAUGCUGUUCUCAAACGGACCGAGGACGACCACCCGGACAAGGAUGACUUGACGCGCUGUGUUGAAGAGGUGCGCGAGAUUGGCAAACGAGUGGAUGCACUGGCUGCAGCCAAGCGUAUGACUGUUCGAUUGUAUCAGAUCAACGAUUCGCUCAAGUUCAAGACGGGUGAACCGUUUGUGGAUCUGCGGCUGCGUGAGCGUGGACGCAAGCUGCUAUUUGAAGGCGCACUGACAAGACGGUCGCAUUAUGGCGUCGAGACGAUCGAACACCAAAUCUUCGUCUUUGACCACAUGCUGCUCAUGACGAAACAUAAGGGCAACCAGUACGUUGUUUGGAGACGGCCAAUCCCGCUUGAACUGCUGCAUGUUCGCGACGGUACCGAGGGCUUCUCAUUGGGCGUACGCAAUAACAAUGGCAGCACAUUCAAUUCUACAGCAACCACCCUAGCUGGCACGUAUGAUGAUCCACUGCUCAGCCCAACCAGUCCCAAAUUGGGGUCCACAGCAGUGCCUAGGGCAGGAGCAGCAGUACAGCCACUGACACCGCCCGCAUCAUCCUCGACAUCCAUCAUCAUACAGCAUCUCGGCCGGUCCGGUGGUGACUACCUUUUCAAUGCAGGAAGUGCGCAGCAGCGGAUGGAGUGGAAGCAAAAGAUUGUUGAGGCGAAGCUGGCUUUGGAAGAAGCACAUCCCGAACGCAAAGUGUUCGAGAUCCGCUCAUUGAGUGACACUACAUUUGCUUUGACAAGCGGACCUGCCAAUCAUGGCAAAAUUACAUGCAGCACUGCAUUUGUGGGUGCUCGUGGUAUCCGCAUGGUUGCCAUAGGAACAGAACUGGGAGUGUGGAUGGGAAUAGAAGGCGAUACCAACAACUUGCGUCGAGUGCUGACCGUCGAUGAAGUAACUCAAAUUGGUGUUCUUGAAGAGUUCCACAUCUUCCUUGUGCUUGCAGAAAAAACACUCACUGCUUAUCCGCUUGAUAUGCUUGAUCCCACAGCGCCAGCCAAGCCAACAGAAAGAUCCUCGUACAAACUAGCAAGCAGUGUAUCAUUUUUCAACACAGGCGUAUGCAACAACCGGACAUUGGUUAUUCUUAUGAAGAAAAAGGGCAUGGAUAGUCUCUUCCGGGCAAUGGAACCGGUUUGUGGUGAUUUACGAGAUCCACGAAACGCAAAGUUCCUUGCAACCAAAACUGGUUUUUGGGCAAAAUCGCCAUCAUGGUUCAAAUUAUAUCGGGAAUUCUACAUUGGCGCAGAAUCUUCCUCGUUACAGUUCCUCAAGGCACGACUGGCCGUCGUCUGUGUCCGUGGUUUUGAAAUCAUCGACCUGGACAGAUUGAAUAUGAAUCACAACCUGCCCGAGCUACAAGAUCCUGACUUUGCGUUUAUUCAGCAACGUGCGGAUCAGAUUACACCGCUUGGAAUGUUCCGCUGUAGGGACAAUUACUUGCUUUGCUAUGAUGCCUUUGCAAUCAUGGUCAAUAUGCGAGGCAAAUAUUUGCGCGGUGCCUAUGAUCGCAUUGAGUGGGAAGGCACACCGCAAUCAGUAGCAUUCUCAUACCCAUACGUCAUUGCAUUCGACCCUCGCUUUAUUGAAGUUCGGCACGCUGAAACUGGCGAGCUCGUUCAAAUUUUGGCUGGGGACAACAUGCAAUGUCUGCAAUACAAACAGAAUGCAAUUACACCACCUGUCAUCCACGGUUGUAUGACACAUCCGUUCAAGCCCGAUUUCCAGUACGUUUUCCAUCUAUCUGGCGUAUUUGAGCCAUCAGUGGUAUGGCAGUAGAACUCUUUCUAUAUCCCCGCAUCCUUUCCAGUGGUUUUACUCUUGCUGUACAUCAAACACCCCGCAACCCCUUCCCUCUUAAUCUGAUAACCACAGUAACAACAGUAAUCACGAAGACCAAACUUCUAUAUAUACAAAAAACCUGAUAGUUUUCUUUCAAAAAUACCACAUAUCUUAAAAUUACGCA